CCCCAGCCACGAUGAAGGCGAUCUCCCCCCGGCCUGGGCUGCUGCUGACUGUGCUCUGCCUGCUCGCUUGCCCCGGAGGGCCGGCAGCUUUCCUGAUCACCACCCCGUACUCGCUCUGCGUCUGCCCCGAGGGCCAGAACGUCACCCUGACCUGCCGGAUCAGCGGUCCCCUCGCCGACCGCCACGACCUCCUCUACAAAACCUGGUACUUCAGCAGCAACGGCGACCAGAGCUGCUCCGAGAAGAAGCACAUCCGCAACGUCACCGAGAAGGAGCUGCACCACGACCUGGGCAGGCACCACGAACCGUCGGGCAACGGCACCCAAAAAUCCCCGCUCGGGGGGCAAGCCAGCCAUCAUGGGGUGGAGUUUGUCCCCGACCACCACGGUGCCUUUCACAUCGUGGUGAUGAACCUGACGCUGCAGGACAGCGGGAAUUACUGCUGCUACGCCGUGGAGGCCAGGCGGGAGCACGGCAAGCCCCACACCCUGCAAGUUGCUCACAGCUUUGUGGAGCUGCAGAUCCAGCAAGGCAGAGGAGGGCUUCAAAACUGCACGUUUCAUACCAGCACUAGCAAAGAUAUCACGGCUGCCGCGCUGGCAACUGGCGCCUGUAUCGUGGGCAUCCUCUGCCUGCCCCUCAUCUUGCUCCUGAUUUACAAGCAGAGACAAGCGGUCAGCAGCAGACGUGCCCAUGAGCUCGUCAGGAUGGAGAGUAGCGCCCAGGGCAUCGAAAACCCCGUCUUCGAGGCGGUCCCCUCGGCGAGCGCAGAGCUGCGGCCCCGACCCCAGCUCUCCUAUAUGGCCAGCCGGCAGCCCUCCGAGUCCGGCCGGCACCUACUCUCCGAGCCCGGCACCCCCCUGUCCCCCUCCGGCCCCGGGGACUGCUUCUUCCCGACGCUGGAUCCCGUUCCCGACUCACCAAAUUCCUUGAAAGCCUAAAGACCCCAGGAGGAAACCACAUCCCCCAGCCGCAGCCGGGAGAGGCCAGGCAGCCACCGCGCCGUGCUCACCCAGCCGAGACCCCCGGGAGGGCAGCACGGCCACGGGCAGCGAAGGGGAGGGCGGGUGCCCUGCCCUCGCCUCCUGUCCUGGCUCUGCCCUGGGGCUGGAAGCGAACCUCUCUUGUCCGGAUUUUGGGUUUUAGUACCUGUUUCUAUGGAGAAGAGCACGGCUCUGUACUGCUCACAUUUUAUGGACUAGCUUAAAAUUGGGGAUGCGGGGAAGGACGGAUGACCCACACCUGCAAACCUCCCCAAGGAUUUAACUUAUUGCCAGGGGUUUAAGCUCUGCCACAUCACGCUGUUUCUGCGUCUUUGACUGAACAUCCUUUCCGGGAGCGGAUGGUAAAGUACUUUAUCCACCGCAAGACAAAACAGGGUCACCGGCCAACCUUGUACUACCUUUUGCUUUGCAAAACAGGAAGGGGAGAGGCUCCCUGUCACCGACGGAGCCCUCCUUCCCCACCAGCCUUUUGAGACGGCCACGGACUUGCGGGGCUGCCGCGUCUUCAGCUGGACACACUUCGGGAGGAGCCUUAUUUCUGCUGCAAUUUUAUCCUUGGCUUGGGAUCAGGGAAAUUUAUCUUUCUGUUUGUUUCAUUAUCAGUGCUGA